UGCUUGAUUGCAGUUGUGCCAUUAAUUCCGUGCAGGAAAGAUGUUGGAGUAUUAUUCUCUCGCUAUCUGUGCAGCUCUCCUCAUUUAUUAUUUUUUACUGAAAGAUGACACAAAAGGGAAGGAACCUCCAGGUCCUCAACCAUGGCCACUUAUCGGAAAUCUAGUAGACUUGGCAACAGCUUCGGACAAUCUGACUUUAGGAAUGGGAAUAUUGGGCGAAAAAUAUGGGGAAAUAUAUUCAUUAAGGAUGGGAUCAAAAUGGACAGUCGUAAGGAAGUCGUGCUAACUUCGAAGGAAGCCAUGCAAACUGUUCUCACGAACGAGGCUGCUUUUGGCCGGGACACCAGCGGAAUGUUUGGGGACAGAGUGAUGCAUAAAAACUUGGGCAUCGCCACUUCCGAAGGGGAAGUUUGGGAAAAGACGAGAAAUUGGACUUUUAGGACGUUACGUGAAUUCGGGUUUGGGAAAUCGUUAGACAUGGAACAUUUCAUUCAGAUCGCGUCGGAAUCCUUAUUUGCCGACAUUGACUUGAAGAUUGGGAACGGGAAAAAUAGUGGCAUUAUAGACGUCGAGUUACUCUUCAACACCCCAAUUCUAUCCAUAAUUUGGCAAAUGGUGACUGGCCGAUUAGCCCUAGAAGAUAAGCCGGACAUUCAAAUCUUAUCCGAAAAAGGGGACGGCUUUGUGAAAAGUGGCAUUUUCGGGGCUGGAAUCGUCAACGCGUUUCCCGUGUUGAGAUUUAUCUUCCCAAAAGCGUUGGGCUACGAUGUGCAGAUGGAUUACUUUAAUACGUGCAAUAAAGUUGGAGGGAAUUUGUUCCGCGAGACGCAGUCACGACUAAAAUCGUCUCCGCUGGCAUCACAACCUACAAAUUUACUGGAAGCAUUCGUACAAAAUUCUUCAACUGAUCCGAAAAUAUUUAAUUGUGAAAACUUCCAAAUCAUGUUUCAAGACUUGCUUUUGGGCAGUACUGACACUUCAAGCUCAUAUUUAGAAGCUGCUUUGCUCUUCCUCGUGGCAAACCCGGAAGUGCAGGAGAAAAUUUAUCACGAAAUUUUGGAGGUUGCACCGAAUGGAAGAUUUCUUAAUUUUUCGGAUAGAAAAAGUAUGCCAUAUACCCAAGCUUUUUUCUUGGAAACGCACAGAAAAGCGAGAAUCUUGCAAAAUUCUGUGCCACGCCGUGCCCUGAGAGAUUUCCAGUAUAAAGAGUACACAAUUAAAAAGGAUACCGUUAUCAUGUGCGAUACGCGACUCUAUUUUGAAGACAAGGAGAGAUGGGGAGAUCCCGAAUUAUUUAGGCCUGAUAGAUUCAUCGGUGAAAACGGGGAACUCGUAAAUGCGUCAAGCAUAAUUUCCUUCUCGUUUGGAAAGCGAAACUGUCCUGGAGAACUGCAUGCCAACAUUGUUGCAUUCCUAUUGCUCACCUCUCUCCUCCAGAGAUACAAAUUAAGUGUGGAGGAAACACCCAGGUUGGACAUGAGGCCAGGAAUGACGCUAAAGCCGUACCCAUUUAAAGCGAUGUUCACAAGAAGAUAAAGAAUUUUAAUAGGGGGCAUGAUCAUAAUUUGUGUUAAUAUUUUAAGUAUUAUCGAAUAAAAAUAUAGUUGGACUGGAGGUA